GUUCGGAAGCCCACGUGUGUGUGUUUAUGACAAUUACUACCACGGAGGGAGAAGAGAUGGCAGGAAGUACGAGCAUACAGUUUGUGCCUUGGGCAUUCCAUGAGACUGCCGCCUACCGGUACAUCCCCUGCAAUUUCCAUGAGCUCUCCCCGGAUCGGUACAACUUCAGUGGGGACAGGGAUCUAGAACACUUCCUGCAAUUGGCCCAAGACAUUGGUCUGCUGGUUGUACUGAGGCCUGGGCCCUAUAUCUGUGGAGAGUGGGAUAUGGGGUGCUUGCCUGCCUGGCUGCUCCACAAGAAAGACAUUGUCCUGCAUUCCUCAGACCCAGAUUACAUUGCAGCUGCUGACAAGUGGAUGGGCAAACUACUGCCAAUGUUAAAGCGUUCCUUUAUCGGAACAGUGGACCCAUCAUUACUGUUCAGGUGGAGAAUGAGUACGGCAGCUACUUUGCCUGUGACUACAACUACCUGAGUCACAUGACCAGUCUUCAGGUUCUUCAAAAAAGGAAUAUGUAUGUUGCAAUUCAAUAUGGUCUUGUCACCAGGUUGCUGCUGGAAUCCUAGAGCGGGAUUAGGCCCUGACCAUCAACGUGACUGGGAAGGCUGGGAGUCAUGUGGACAUACUGGUGGAGAAUAUGGGCUGAGUCAACUAUGGGACAUCAUGACUUUAAGGCAAUAUGUUAUUUCAAGUUGGCUCUCCAUGGUAGACAUUUAACCACCAUUAAUAAAGCACCCUUCCAUUAGCUACUUAAUUUGACAUAACCUUAUUCUCUCUCUCAUUUAUUUAUAUAUAUAUAUGAGACACACAGAGGGCCUGGUGUCUAACCUGACAUUGGGGGCCGAUAUCCACACCGUCUGGUUCGUCUUCAGCAUCGACAGGGCUGUUAGCCAGGGUCUUCUCUGGGAGAUGGGCUCCAGGGAGGCUGGCCUCCCACCACCCUCUCCGUCCCCUCCUUCUAUGGGGGCACCUUCGUCAUCCCAGACCUGCCCCAGGAUACCUACAUCCAGUUCCUUGACUGGAGAAAGGUGGGGUUUUACCUUUAAGAAGAUUUUGAUUGUUGAAUGGCUGUACUGUGUUGUUCCUGAGCAGGCACCACAACUACAAAUGACCUUAUAGAUAAUGUGACUGACUAGUCAACUGCAAAUGACCUUAUAGAUAAUGUGACUGACUAGUCAACUGCAAAUUACCUUAUAGCUAAUAUCACUGACCUGUGUCAUCUGUGCGUUGACAAGACUGGUGUGUUAGGCUUCUGAGCUAAAGCCUAGGCAUUAGCCUUAGACACACCUCUUCAGAUCUCAGGCAAGGUUACUCAUCACACAAGCGUGGUUUACUGAACCACGUUACUUUCAUAUACCCUGGUGCAGCAUACUUGUUCAUGGUCCCUGACAUUACUGAAUCCGCGGCCCACAAAUCACCUUGUACGUGCCCGCUAGCAUCCUGAGCACAUGACCGUCCUGGAGCUGGAGGGGACCCAUGCACCCCCGGGCCCUGUACUGUGGAGGUCGCCAAAACACUAGUCCUGAACGCCACGGUUGUCUGACCACAAACACCAGAGGGCGCUGUUCCAUAAAGAGGAUCUCUCAUGAGCACUUAUGAAAAAUGCACUUACUGUAUGCGAUCUAUUUGCACUGACCUUUUUUUAAAUCAAAAAGUAAUGUUUAUAAAUGAAUGACGGGAGGCUGUACCUCUUACCUCUAUUUGACCAUUCAGGGUCUUAAAACCCUACAUGAUUUUGUUUACACAAGCAUCUGUAUUCAAAGGUGAAUUAAGUAUGUGUCAUUUGAACAGUAUGUAUGUUUGGAAAUUGAAUCAAGUUCACUAAGGAAAAUGAGUCAUUUAGAAGGGAUAGGAACUUGAGGUCAGUGGUGCUCAAAUCAUGAACCUGGAGGUCCAUAGUACUGCUGGUUUUCUUUUUAUGCCAGUGCUCUAUGCAUGCACCUUUAUAAAGGCAUUUUCCCCGAUGUUCACAGAGAUCACAUUCAUGGUAAACGCUGGCAUGUCUGCUCAAGUGUAAAUGACCUUUAAAAGUUUCUUAUAGUGCGCCUUCCAUUAAAUCUUGCCUCCUAUUGUGAAUAUGUGAGCCAAAUGGUCUGUGCCUUAUUGUGUGCCACCUAACUGGGAUAUUAUGCUUUCAUAGAUUUCUGUAAUGAACCAUUUUGGGUGUCUUGUAAAUGAAUAGUGAUUGCGUCCAACUGAACCUCAUCUGCUUCUUUUGCUCAAUUUAAUUAUUUCAAAUACUUUGGGAUUUCUUGGUUGUUGUGAUUUUUGUUAAUGUGUUGUUUAAUGUGCAGGCACGAACCAUUCUGUACUUUUUGAUUUAAAAAUGUUUUUAAUAAAAUGUGAAUGCUA